AUGAAUCCAAACAACGAAAAGGGUUUGGACGAAGCGGACGUCUCUCGAGAGGAGAUGACGGACGUCAAGCACCCCGAGGCAUUUGCCGAUCGUAAAACUUCUUCGGCAGCGGUAGUGGAAGAAUUAGAAAGAAAAAGAACCAUGGAUGAGGACAUAGAGCAUCACCACAAUGCUCAAGACACUUUGAAAGGAGCUCAGCAGGCGACGGAUGGGGAACACUCCAUGACAAUUCGAGAAGGGCUACGCAAGUACCCGGCAGCCUGCGGAUGGUCGCUUCUUUUUUCUGCUGCGUUGAUCAUGGAGGGUUUCGACAAAGCUUUCUUAACAGCCUUCUUUGCGUUCCCAGAGUUCCAAUUACGCUAUGGCGAGUUCCAACCCAAGACAGGGGAGUAUGAAAUUCCUGCCAGCAUCCAAGCGGGCAUAACAAAUGGUGUUAAUGCUGGUCAAAUAAUCGGUCUUCUCGUCAAUGGUUGGCUUGCGGACCGGUUCGGAUAUCGAUAUGUCAUGCUGGGAUGCCUCUUUCUGAUGGUCUGUUUUAUCUUUCUGCAGUUCUUCGCCGCCACCAUCUACAUGUACAUGGGGGCUGGUGUUCUGCUCGGCGUGCCUUGGGGUGUCUUCCAGACGUUGACCACAACAUAUGCGUCCGAAGUGACCCCAAACGUGCUUCGACCUUAUCUCACUUCGCUAGUGUCUAUGUGCUGGAGUAUUGGUUAUUUGACGGGGACCAGUACGUUACAAGGUUUUCUGAAGAUGAAAGGCCAAUGGGCCUACCGUAUUCCCUUUGCUCUUCAAUGGGUUUUACCAAUACCACUCGCUAUUGGUAUAUUUCUGGCGCCAGAGUCACCCUGGUGGCUAUACCGACGAGGCCGCAUUGCAGAUGCCGAGAAAUCUCUGCGACGAUUGCAGUCCAAUGUGAAGGAAGAGGAGCUGGCGAAUACCAUGUCAAUGAUGGAAUACACCAUCAAAAUCGAGAAUGAAAUGGAGACCACCAGUUCUUAUUGGGACCUAUUCAAGGGCGUCAACCUGCGUCGGACCGAGAUCACCGUCCUCACAUAUGUCGUCCAAGAACUCUGCGUACCCCUUGUAUCUUAUAUCGUCUACUUCUUGAAACAAGCCGGCUUGCCCACAAGCAUGUCGUUCACUUUCGGAAUUAUACAGUAUGCCUUGGCCAUUCUUGGGGUUGUCAUCGCGUGGUUCCUUACUCCUAGAAUUGGAAGACGAACACUAAUUCUCUGCGGUACCUUUUUCAUGGCCUCGACUUCAAUGCUGAUCGGUUUCCUCGGUAUCCCAGAUACAACGAAGCAAACCCGACUUGCCUACGCAAUCGGAUCCAUCCUUCUUAUCGAGUACUUUGUCUUUUUCAUAACCUGUGGUCCGAUCAUUUACACAGUGGUGACUGAGAUUCCGUCGAACUAUCUUCGAACCAAGAGUGUAGCUCUAGCUAGAGCAACAUACAACCUCAACGUUUUGAUUUAUGGCCAACUUGUACCUCGCAUGAUCCAAAGAGCGGCUUGGGGGUGGGGCGCCAAAUCUGGAUUCUUUUAUGGAGGUUGUAUGCUCUUUGGCCUUGUUUGGGCCUUCUUCCGCCUUCCGGAAACCAAGGGCCGUACCUUCGCUGAGAUCGACAUCCUUUUCAAGAACGGGGUCAAGGCACGAGACUUUAGCAAGACCAAAGUCGACCUUGCCACACAGACGGUUUCCCGAGACGGUGAAGUGGUAGAGGCAAAAUAUGUUCUCUAUGUAUAG